AUGCAUUGCAUCUUAAAGUCUACCUGUGUCACUGCCCCAGAGAUUGAAGAGGGCCCGUAUUAUGUUAAUAAUGAGCUCGUCCGACAGGACCUUGUUGAGGAUCAGAAAGGUGUAUUGCUCCGUCUUGACAUUGGUGUCAUCGACACUGCAUCGUGCGAGUCCGUCCCAGAUGCGCUUGUCGAAAUUUGGAGUGCAAAUGCGACUGGGUUUUAUGGUGCUUUUGAGGCAAACACGCUAGGCGGGCCCACCAUGUCAAGCAACGCAACCUGGCUCCGUGGAGGGUUCCCGACAGAUGACUCUGGUACUGUCGAGCUCACCACUAUCUACCCAGGGUUUUACUCUGGGCGUACGAUCCACGUCCACCUUAUGGUCCAUACGGACUGGGAACAAUCUUCAAAUGGCACGCUCAUCUCACAUGCAGGGAGUCUCAAGCAUAUCGGACAGUUGUUCUUCGACGAAAGCUGGAAUGAUCAGGUGUUGAGCCUGGAGCCGUAUACAGAGAACAGAGGUAGAAGGACGCUAAAUUCUCAGGAUCAUGAUUUUGCGCGUGCAAAUGUAGAUGGGAGUAGUGCAAUCGUUGAGCUGGAAUUACUGGCAGACUCGAUUGAGAAAGGUCUCCUUGGGUUUAUCACAAUUGGCAUUGACCUCAGUGCAGAUUACUCCAUCCACUCAGGAAAUUAUUAUAACAGCACAACUGACCUUGACGCACCUUUCCAGAAUGCCGAUGUCAGUAUCUAA